AUGUGCGGUGGUCCUGGGUGCGGGUUAGUCGACAUGAAUGUCGUGGCUCCUACGGUGGAAGGUGAUGUCCCCAUCGACGCCAAAUCGGGUGACUACUGCUGCACGUCUGGGGUAGACAGUAGAGACGUCACGUGUGGGACUGGAGUGGGUGAUGAUGAGGGCUACCCUCCUUGCUUCAUUCCGGUUGGGACAGUCACCGCCACCCUUGCCCCCGAAGUCGCCUCCAGCUUGAUUGACAACUGCGGCCUUCCAGACAUGCCUGGCAUCAUGGACGCCUCCGGAACCCGUUGCUGCCCGCAGGGGUGCGGAAUGUGCGGUGGUCCUGGGUGCGGGUUAGUCGACAUGAAUGUCGUGGCUCCUACGGUGGAAGGUGAUGUCCCCAUCGACGCCAAAUCGGGUGACUACUGCUGCACGUCUGGGGUAGACAGUAGAGACGUCACGUGUGGGACUGGAACGGGUGAUGAUGAGGGCUACCCUCCUUGCUUCAUUCCGGUUGAUCUCGCUGAAGACACCUGCUACGUGGAAGGCGUAGAAGGGGUCUCCGAUGAUGGUGUGUACUGCUGUCCCCUGGGAUGUGGCCAAUGCGGAGGGGUGGGAUGCGGUGCAAUUCCAGUGGUCAAUAUCUUCCCCGAUGGAAGGGAGCUGCCGGAAGACGCCACCGCGUCGUCGUACUGUUGCCUGAGAGCCUUCGUGGAAAUUGAAGUGGUGUGUGGCGAUCCGGGGGUCGAGCCUCCGUGCGUGAUCCCCGAAGGAACGUCGCGCCCACCAGCCGCUGUCCCUGUCGAUACUGGUGAUGGAAGCGAAGGCGGAAGCGGCGGUGGCAAUGACACUGACGUCACCGAUGGCCCCGACCGUGUAGUCGGAGGCGGAUCUACUCCCUCCCCAUCCGCCAUGGAAACGAUGGGCUGCAAGACCAUCUCUGUCAUUGUCGACGAACAGCAGCAGUUCGACGGCAUUUAUCACAUGAUGGCCGGUAUGAACGAGACACUCUUCCUCAAGAAUGACAGCAGCGCCUUCAUGAGCCACGUGCCCUAUGAAGGAGCGGUGACAAACACGACGUCGACGACCACGACCGCCCUGAAUGCCACCUCUGAAUGCGGUUACUGGAUCCUGGCAGAAGCGACGGGUGGCAACUAUUCAUUGACUGUACAAGACUGCGCCACCAACCCGGACGACAUUGACACGGUCAUAUGGUGGAUGGUGGAAGACACCACCGAGGCUACACCCGAACUCGCCGUGGAGGUCAUGGUGGAAUGCGUGGAUAUGCCUUCCACGCCUUCCCCCGCAAGCACCGGUUCGGGAGGUCCUCUACCGGACGGAGAAGAAGGAGACGGUGUCGGAGUCAGAGAUGGCGACGGAGAGGGAGGUGGCAACGGCGACGGAGGGGACGGCUCCCCCACCCCGGCUCCUGCUGACGACACGACCGGCGGCAUUCAAGACAGGAGCGUUGACCCGGGCGACGCGGACAACACGGAGGACGACGCUCCGUCCUCUAGCAGCAAGGGCGGCCUUAGCACCGGCGAGGCUGUCGGGGUUGGGGUCGCCUGUAGUGUUGUGGCGGUUGUGGGUGCGGUGGGUCUCACCCGUUGGGCCAAGGGUGGCGGGUAAGGAACGGUUGCUUACGAACAGUGCGAAGAAGAAUGGGAUGAAGUCGCAGAGGCAACGAGUGGAUGAACAAGGCAUCGUGUUUGCUGCUGCUGCUCUUGGUGGUGGUAGUGGUGGUGAUGGUGGUGUUAUUGUUGUUGAUGUUGUUGAUGAUGUUGUUGUUAUUGCUGCUGCUGGUGUGACUGUGCAGAGCGGUCGCAAAAGUCUCGUUGGUUUAUGGGUUGAUUUAGUUAAGCAAGCAAUGUUCGCCGGCAAAGGGUCGGAGAUCAUGAGAAUUGAGACAUAGCACGAGAGGUGUAGACGGAGGUACGAUGCUACGGUAUGUAUAUAUGUUUCUUUCUUCCUGCGUUUGCCUUAUUCUUGAUGUUUACUUGGAGGGGGGGGGAAAGAUACACUAGAAUCAGUAAGUCGGUCAGGAAGCGACAGGAAGCGACAGCAGAUGCAACCAUUCUAUGAAUGAAUAUGCGACAGUUAGGUGGCAACGUGAAAAAAGGACAAUCAGGAUAGACCGAAGGUUGGACGGCCGAAAGCUCGGGCCGGGGGAGGGGGGGAGGGUCCCUAUGUGGAGUGAGAGAAGAAGUUAGACAUUUUAGGUUGGAUGAGUUGGAUAUACCGUAGUGAUAUCAGUUUGCGCCGGCUGGUUCCUCCAUGGAACGUAUUCCGCGCGAGGAUGAGAAGGGCGUUGGCAAAGUAAAAAUGCGGCGAUCCGCCUAGCUUGGCGGUCAGUGCAUUCAAAUUUGCCUUCAGAAUGUACCUCCUCUCUAACUCGUUCGUUCUACCUUGUUCGUUGAGGUGUUGUACGUUUCAUUCCGCUUGAUCGAAUCAACGAAGAAUCACGUUGUUUGGCCGGAAGAUGAGAGAAAUAAAAAAUCUGCUCGGGA